GGGCUUCGCAGGGGGCUGACGGCGCCAGCGCGCGCGCGGCCACGAGCAGAGGGCGGGUAAUGACUGGGGGCUGCGCGCGCCGCCUCUCCCCAGAUGCGAGGCCCGCGCCUCCUGAGGAGCCGGGCUGCUGCUCCUGAGCAGCCCCAGAUGGUCUGCGCUACCGGAAAUUUUCGGUAGCGGACCAUCAUGGGCUGUUCCCCCUGCCCCGUACAUCCCCCCUCUGCGCGCCGCCAGCGCAGAGCACUUUUUGGUCUGCGGGGCGAGAGCGAACCUCCUCCGGUAAGAGCUAGGCGGGCUACGCACAGCUCUAACUGGGGAGACAGGUCCCAUCUUCUCUCCCUCCAUCUCCGGGCCGCCCGCCCAUGGCAGCCAUGCUCCGCUGCUCGCGGCUGCGGGCCGUACUGGCGGCGGCCCUGCCGGCCACCGCCCCCGGUGCCCUGCCUGCCGCACGCGGGCGGGGGGCCGGGGCCCAGCGCGCCUGCGCCGCGGCGCCGGGCCCCGGGAGCACGGCGCACCUGCCGCUGCCCAAGCGGCGGAAGGUGGGCGCGCAGACGGGGAAGCCGGCCACUGGCGGCCUCUCGGACAGCGCGCAGUGGGCGCUC